AUGGAGAACAAAAAAGAAUACACUACUGCAAAAGAUAAAGAUUAUUUACGCAAAUCAAUCGAAGCAUACACAAAGAGUAUUGCUUUUGCACCAGUUGAAUCCAAAGAACUGUCAUUGGCUUAUGCAAAUCGUUCAGCUGUAUUGUUCAGAGCAAGACUCUAUGAAGAUUGUCUUCUUGACAUUGAACGUUCAUUAAAGAGAGGCUAUCCAGAUAAAUUAAAAACAAAAUUAUUUUUACGUCAAUCAUUGUGUUUCAAAGCAUUGAAACCAAGCUCAGAACUUGAAACAGGUAUUUCAAAGGCUAAUGCAAUCCAGUGGCUUUCUUAUUUAAAAAAAUAUAAUCGAACAUACGACAUCACAGAUAAAUAUUCAAAGAUGAUGAAUGAGCUUAAUGAACCACGUGAAAUUAUUAAAUUUAUACCAGAAAUAAAAAAUGAUAAUGCAAUAAUAGUUGGUGCAUCUGAUGCAAUUGAGUUGAAAAAAACUAAUGAAAAUCAUCAACAUAUUGUUGCAACAAGAGACAUCAAAUCUGGUGAAUUUAUUUACAUUUCUGAACCAUUUGCAACAACUCCUGGUGAUAAAAUACGUUUUACAAAUUGUUGGCAUUGUUGUCGUCAAACUUGGGCAGCUGUACCAUGUGAUAAUUGUCCGAACGUCAUCUAUUGCUCUGACAGAUGUCACUAA